GUGAAGAGCCUGCCAUCUCCCUCGAGGCCGGAACGUGCAUCUUACCGCUCGUCAGCGCACUGUAUAUUACCUCUUUGCUUUGAAUCCACGAAUCACAACAUGUCUAGACAUAGGUUCAUACGCAAUAUGGAUCUUGAGGACGAGCAGGACGAUGGGGCCCUUUCUGACGGUGGCGGGGGAGACGAUUUGACGCCGGAGCAGUCAGAGAAACUUGAAGCGGGAUUGGAACACAUUCGAGCCAUCAUAGGUCCAGAGGAACGGUCAGGCUUCACUGAUUCUUUCAUCGAGGAUACUUUGUGGGAUACCUAUUUCGAUGUGGAGAACAGUGUGAAGUACAUUUUAGAGGUACACGAGAAAAGGAUGGCGGUCAAGGAACGUAAAGAAGAACGCGCCAGACUUGGGCUCUCCGCGGACUCCUUCGACGAGGACGAGGUUGCCACUGGCAUCGCCUACGCUGCUCGGCUAGCAGCCGACGCCUACAACUUUGGUGGCCAAAAUUCUUAUCCCAACAACAUCCCGCUCAUCGCUCUGGCUCAACCGAAUGGACCGGAAUAUCUAGAGCAGGAGGGUUCCUUCAUCGACGACGCCGCGACUUCGAAACGACCUCUAAGCAGGAUCACGGAGAAGACUGAGAUCUCGGACAUAUCAUACGCGAGGCCUAUGGCGCAGGAAACGGCUUAUAAUCAGGCGUCAUUGAGAAGUUCAACUUCAACCUCAUCAUACGGAGAGGUUAUCGAGUCGAAGCUAGGUAGGGGCCCCCCUAGGAUGUCAUUCGAGUCGACUGCUACCAUUCCCGAUCCGAACGAUAUCCCCCCGUCACCUUCACCGUCUGCGUGGCAACCACUUCCUAAUCAGACUCCGAGCGCACCCUCUGCCGUCUCCUCUGGCUCUCGAACACCUGAUACCAUACCUGCUCGUCCACCCAGCGUGCCUUUGCCUCCACUCGACUUGAUUCCUGACAUGCCCGACAAUCAGUCUAGAACGACUCGCGUACGAAGUCCUGAACACCAUAAUGCAAUACCCGUUCAGGUCUUCCGGAAUGGGUCUUCCAAACGAGUGCUGAGUCCGAAGCGAGCUCUCAGUCCACCUGUCGACGUCGACAAGCCAUUACCGCCACCGCCCCCACCAUCCGAACCUCGCUAUUCGGUAGCUCAAUCCAUCGCCACCACUGCACCCACGGAGCCCCAGCAGAAGAAACCGUCCAAGUUAUCUACCCUUGCGACUUCGAGAGCUGCAAGUUCGAGAUACAGCACGGCCACGAGGAGUUCCAGGCAGAGCGCCACUAGCGUCGGUGGGACAUCCAUAUUGACAUAUCCUGCCCUCAGGCCUUCGAAUGAGUCGAUUAUGUCGAUGAUCUCCGAGGAAGCUCCUUCGGAAUCGGCCUCAUCCACUGACACCAUCGUUCGUCGUGCUAUCCAGACCGCUUUGGACCAAGAGGCCGAGGAUCGUAAUGGGCACAAUCGAGCCAUAGAGCAUGAACAGCAACCCAAGCAACCCACGGGGUCUCCCUCCAAACUCUCUUCCUCGACAAGCUCGCAGUCUACCGUUCGUCCUACUUCGUCGCCUGCAUCUCCCUCGAAAUUGCAAGCUCGUGCGGUGGCUUCCUCUGUAGCGUCCUCUGAGGCACCCAAAUCAACGCAGAAGUCGACUCAGCCGUCGAAACUUGCCAUGUACGCCCAAUCCAAGGCUAAGCCCUAUGUGCCGAAGCCGAAAGCCCCACCUCGCCCUUCAUCGCCCAAUACACUCUUGCACAGCACGACAACCGAAUACUUAACUCCGAUAGCGAACGGACCCACUGCGACGACAGCCAUCACCACGUCCUAUCAAACUCUCAAUCACCUCAUGUCGCCUGCUAAAUCUGUACUACCUCCCUCUUUCCCUCCUCACGACUACAAACCUACCCCUGGUCUUGCGAGUAGUCACACUGAAAAGAAGACGAGCUCUGGCGAGCCCAAACAGUCAAAAUUGGCUAUGAAGGCGAAGAAGUCACAUGCGAAACCUGAGGUCAAGGCUAAUGAUGCAGAGGAAGCAAUGGAGGAUGAGAAGGCGUGGCUACCGGUCCCGACUAUAUUCUUGCCGGAAGCAAGUCGCUCCUGUGCGUCGCCCUCAACGUUUGCUUCACUCCUCGUCGACGACAACCCUCUGACAUCUACCACUCAUUCCACUUAUCAUCCUCAAGUCAAGAAACAUAGAAAAGGAGAGAAAGAAAAGUCGUCUGAGGAUAGGGAUAGGGAUAAGGGUGCUUCCAGGGAGCAUCGCCACCACCGAACGGGCAGUCGGAGUAGAAGUCGGUCCAGAACGCGACAUACAUCAGAGGAUGGGACGGAGAGGACCAAGUCAGUUCGCAGACAUAAGUCCACGAAACACUCAGUACCAGCGCCGCCUGCACCUACGGCCAAUUCGGGAACCAAAGGAGCGCCGUUCGCUUUCGAUUCGCCGAGUCCGGACGAUAUCGUGUUCAACGCGAGGAAGGGAACUUCGCUCGCGAGAUCACAGUCCACGGCGUCGACCAUCCUUCCACCUUCAACGGUUCCAUCGAGGGGCCCUUCUUCGGUUGCGUCUACUGCGAAACGCUCUCGUGCCUAAAGACAUCCACAUUCACAUAUUCACAAGAUCGCAACCAUCAUUACCUGCAUCAUUACCUUCGUCAUAUCAUCAUUUCCUGCCACCACAACGUUUUCUCCCGUUCCAUUGUUCUAUCGUUUAUCAACUUUCGGACUUCUACCCUUGUCUUCAUAUUCCGAACUGAACUGUGCAUUGUUGACUUUCUUGUUGUUCCAUUGGAUGUACUGACUAGACCCACCUGUUUGUUGUGCCAACAAUAAUGAUUCUAACGACUUCUC